AUGGCACUUUUUGCGUUUCUCUGCCACACUGAUAAGAUUGACACGCUCCUUAAAGCAUCAGGCCAGGAUGGAAUAUUCAUCAAAUCGCAGAGCCCUGACAUUCAACCCUUGGAGUUGUUGUGGCUUCCAGAAGAUUUGCCACUGGCAAAAGCUUUGGUCUAUGCCAGUGAUGCUCGAGUUAUGGGGGUUGCGGAAAAAGGUGCAACAGGCAAACUCGCAUUGCGUUUUCGUGAUGUUACCGUUCUCUCCAACUUCGCCAAGGAAAAGAACUUUCAGGACUCAUCCUUAUGGGCAAGGUGGCGAAUCACGGACUUUCAAGUGGGGGCGGGAAUCCAUGGGUUGCACCAGUUGCUACUCCAGAACCAUUGGAGUGAUGUUGAAGUUCUCUAUCUUGAUGAUCGCCAGGCGGUGUUUCAUGCCGCCAACAGGGGUGAUGACAAGCCAUUGUUCUAUACAGCAUCGGGUCAGAAACACCAGUUGCGUUUCAAGGCCCUCAAUUCGUUGGCGCGUGGUAUGUCCAAAGAUGCUCGUGUUGCCACUUCCAGUGCUACCAAGGCUACCAGUGUGUCCACUCCCACAACGCGCAAGGACAGACAGUUUUCUUUUCUCAGGGAGGUUGACAAUGCUAUGGUUGUUGAGCUUGAGAAUGCAGGCACCAAACGGCCACCAUACGAUCACACAGGUGGUAAACGUAGCAUCGUCUUCGUUGCGUUUGAUGGUCGCGCUGGAGCCGGAUGGGAGUCCGACAAGAAAGAUGCUGUCAAUCGUAUGUUGCGUGAUCUCUCAUCCGAAAUGGCGGGCAGAGGUGGUAUGCUCAUCAUCGUCACCGGUGACUUCAACAUCCAGGUUGAUGAGUCCACGGUCAUCAGAGAGAUGCUACGCUCAGGUGGAUGGGUGGAUGCUCAUGCGUUUGCAGAUGCGGACAUGGAGGCACCCCUUCCUAUGAAUAGCCGGAGAAAGUUGAACCCAGUGUAUUUGCUCAAUUUCAAGAUCGUUGGAGGGUCCUUCAAAUCUCAGGCUUCGGAUGUUGGGCCCACUCAGGUCGAGGAGGAGCGUCUUGACAAGUGGAAAGAAACAAUCACGCGUUUGAAACACAUUCCUUUGCAUUGGCAGCGCAAAGCCAAGAUGCUGGUUGCCACACAAAGCCAGUCUGUGUACGCGCAGGGCACGCACACCUUUCAGGUUGAUGAGGAAGAGCUCAAAAAGGUACCCUCUACCAUCAUGCGCACGAUGUGGCAGACCGAUUGCUACUCAAUGAGUCCCUACAUUACUUUUGCGUUGCUUUUACCAGCGCAAUUGGACCCGAUGUUUGGGCACAAAUACCAUGGCCUUCGCACCCUGGCACGAUGUAUGAGGCAACACGACUUUGCCGUCGAGAUGAGAAAACGCUUUCUGGCUUGUAAUGGUCAUGAGCGUGAUGGUCCGACAAUCCGUCUUCGACAGCUCUAUGGUAACCCCGUCUUUCGUACUGCAGUCAAGGAGCUUCUGACCGACCGUGAAAUGUGGAG